AUGAUGUCGUGGUCGCGAAAGACGAUCGUUUUAAUAUCGUUUCAUUUAUUAGCAGGACACUGCAAAUCUUUAAGAACCGAAUCCCCUACCUCCCCGUUGGGUUCGGAAUGGAUACCAGCCGGCUUGUGGAUCCCCGAUUUGUUUUAUCGGGCAUUGGCCAAUUUUACCGUCCGGAAUGUCGGCAGCAUCGAUUGCCAGAAACAGACAGACUUGUACGAGACGAACCUCCGAAAUCACACCAGUUGGGCCGUCAGAAGUAAGCGUUCGUUCUAUUAUUGUAUAGUAUCUAGCAACACACAUACUUUUUUUCCGAUAUGGACAGUAAAAUAUAUAUAAUAUAUACCUAUAGAGUGAUUCACUAGGUGUGCUCGUCCUACUUUUUUAAAUUUAAUCUUGCAUGUAUUCAAAUACUGAUUUUUGGAAUUUUGAAAUGUAGUUAAAGCCGAUAUUUGAAAAUACUUAGAUUUUUCACAGCAUUUAAGGAGUACAUGUGAAGAUCGCGAAUAGAUCCAAAUGGCCUAAGGGCUUAAAUUUUUAUUGUGAUUUAACCAAUCGUCAUACCUAAUUAAUAAAUUGUAUUAAUUUAUAUUGUCAAUAUAAUUUUAUUGACAAUACAUAAUUAGAUUCGAAUACAUUUCCAAUCAAGAGUUUUAAAAUAAUUAAUUAAGUUAUUUCAUAUUAUGAAUAGACUACGUAAAUUAAAAAUUGCUUUUUCUUUAUCUUUAUCCAAUUUAUGUGAAUAUAAUAUAUUAAGUGUACAAGAACUGCUUUCUCUUAUUAUUCAAAGUUAAAUAUUUCUGUAAUUGCCUGCUAUUGUUUUUAACUUUUAUCACAUCUUAUAAUGUUUGAAAAAAUUAUAUAAACAAAAAUAAAUACAUACACAAUAUACAUAUUUAAUAUUGUUAUUCUUACCUAGUAAAAUAAAGUAGGAUGUGGGAUAAAAUUGCAUAAUGGUGCAUACAAAUAAUAAUAUAUCUAACCAUAGUCAAUAGAUAAUUAUUUUCAUCAAAUAAUAAUUAAAUCUUGACCAUGCAAUUACCAUGAAUUUUCACCACCUUUACACCUUAAUUACACCUUUAUCAUUUUAGCUAUGUUCUUACGAGUAUAUCCCAAUCCCACUAAGAUGCGAAAGUGAUAUAUGGACACCAUAUUGUUACCAUAAAACUGACGUCAUAAGAAGUAAAUCAUGGUACAAUGAGUCUUUUUAUGGAUAUUUUUCCUGUAUCCAUAAAAUAAAUAAUAAACAGGAUACAGAAAUGACCCGAUGUAGGAAAAAAUUCCUACAUUUAAAUGUUUACACUAAUUGAUAAACGCCCCUGGAAACACUAGAUUACAAUAAUAUUGACCAUUGUUCUAAUAUCUUUAAUUAAAACUUGUUUUCCAGUGGCAGAAUCCUGGGACCGGCGUCCAAUUGGCAUACUGGGAGGAAAUAUGUACCACUUUGGUAUUUACGAUGAAUGCGUUGAUGUACGUUAUCCAAUAAGAGGGCAGUAUUGUCUUCCAGAAGUAAAAUUAAUCUCGGCAUCAUCUGACAAAAAUUUUAGUUUUAUUAGAACAGAAGACCUUGAUAACUUUGGUAAUAAUCAUACAUGGCAUACAAUACUCGGGGUAUGUUAAAAUACUCAAAUGGUUUAAAAUAAAAUAACAAAAUAAAUAAAUCUAAUUAAAUGUUCUAUAAUAUUGUUAUAGUGUUAUUGUUAACAUAACUAAAUUAUGGUUAUUUAGAUAUGUUUGUUAGCAUUUUAUGUAAUUGUUAAGUAUAAUAAACUGACUAAAUAAUGGAAAUACGAUGAGAUGUUGAGAUACAUUGCAUUUCAACGAAGAGUCAUUUAAAAUACUCAUAGAUAUUUCAUCGUUUUAGUGGGCUGAUUACCCAGAUCAAAUUCGGCGAAAUAUUUUGAAAUUAGGGAUAUGCAUACCAGAUUCUUGUACGGCAUCAGACCUACAGAUAUCGUUACAAAAAGAAUUCGAUAAUGUUUUUUCUCCAGAAGAUAUCAAAGCUCAAGUUAAAGUGGAUCCAAUAACGUGUACGGUCGGUAGAGAUAUGUAUCCUUACAACACAGCAUACUAUGUUACCGUGUGAGUGUGAUUUAAUAUUUAUUUUUAUAAUAAUCAUAAUAAUAAUUUAGUUAUGCAAUUAUAUAAUGCUUAAUAAUUUUGUUUGAAAAAUAGGAAAUUAUUUGAUAAAAAAAUACCAUUUUAGUUUAUUAUUGGGUGUUUUUAAUAUUAUUUGUAAAUUAAACAACUUUAGACCAAAAAGUUCUCACACUUACAUAUUUGUCUUAUUAAAAGCAAUAAUUGUAUUUUUAAAGAAAUUAUAGGUACUUAAGUUAUAUAAAUAAAGUUACGUUUAUUUGUGUACACUUAAAUUAAUUCCAUUUUAAAAUAAUAAAACAAAAAAUGAAUUUAACUAUUGUACUAACUACACUUAUACUAAGUGCUAUCAAGUACUAAAUACCUUCUCAAAAGUAUAGUUGUUAAACCACUCCCAAAUGAUUUAAUAAUUUUUCGAACAGAGUGAAAAAUAUGUAGGUUUAAAAUUAUUACACAAUGACAAUCAAUAAUAAGUAUUUAAAUUAAUAACAUAAUAAUAUUAUUCCAGCUCUAUUUUAUGUCUACUAAUUCUGAUUUGUUGCUGUGCAACAUUACAUCAUUUUAUAAUAUCAUUGAAUCACCAAAAUACAGAAUAUGCUUGUGAGUAAUACAUUAUACAAUUAUUAUUGACUUUUAAACUUUUACAUUGUAUUCUUGUAUAUAAACUAUGUAUACGAUGUUUAUAUUUACACAAUUUAUUUUAUUCAUUGGCGGAUCCAGGACUAGAUAACGGGAAAUGGGGAGAUUUUGAAAAUGUAUAUAAUACACAUAUGUAUGAUGGAAAUCAAGGUAAGAGUUCAAUGGGAACAAACAAAGAUCGCCUCCAUCGCCCCCAACUUUAGAUCCACCACUGAAUAAAAUACAAUUAUUGUCUGUUUAUUUUGUUUUAAUAUAAUAAUAUAAUUCUUUUAAAUUUACAGAUGAAAUUUCUAAUCCACUUUUUUCUUCGUUUUCAUUCAUCAACUCAUGCAAAGAAUUGUUAAAAUUUGAUAGCAAAAAUGAGUUAAAUAUAAUAAAUGGUUUAAAACUAUUAGUGAUGUUAACAGUUUUAUAUGGUCAUAAAUAUGGGUAUUUGAGUGGAUAUCCAUUAGUUUAUUCUAAAUCAUUAGAAGACGUAAGUGAAAAAUACAAAAAGUUGUUUAUGUAUAUACUAUAAUAUGUAAAAAAUAAUAAUAAAACAAAAGUAAAUUAAAUAUGUAUAUGUUAAUGCAUGGAAAUCAUAGUUUAUAGCCUUAAGUAAGAAAUAAAAAAUAAACUGGUUUAAAUCGUAGAAAAUGGUUUUUAAUUUUUUAAUUGAAUUAAUUAAUUUUAAAUUUCCUAUUUGUCUCCAAAUUAAUUUUUUAUAAAUUAUAAACUGUAAAAUCAUAUAUAUAAUUUAAAGAGAUUCAAUACCAGCUGUGUUUUCUAUCAACAAUGACCGUUUUGGAAAUUGUACCGAGUGUCCUAGUAAUUGGACACAACUUCUUAAUUUCAGAUAAAUUUCUUUGAUGAUUUCUUGAAUUCAGAUUCGUCAUGAAAUGCACUCGUGAAAAUUUUUUCACUUUUAUAAAAUUUAUCUCUUAAACAUUUCAAUAUAAAAAAAAUCGGGUGUUUUUUAAAUUAUACGGAUGAAAUCUUCACUGGAAAAUAUAUAAGGUAUAAUUGGAAUGGUUACUCACAUUUAGAGUGAUACGGUUGCCAAAGUCUGAUAGUAAUAAGGAGAAUUCUAAGCAAAUUAUAUAUCUUACCAAUAAAAUAAAAUUCUGGUAUAAUAUUAAUAAUACUAUAAAUUGAAUAAUUAUAAUGAGAUUCGUUCAUCAUUGUCGCAAAUUAGAUACUUUUCACUACAGUCUCCUUAAAUUUUGAUAAUAUUAUAGUUUAAGUAUAAUAAUAAUUUUUCACACACGACACCAAUUACGAUCACUCGUACUCACAAAACCGUAAAUGUCACGGAUCCUGAUUUUUUUACCAAUGUAGUGUGUUAGAGCUAAAAAGUAUUGUAGUCGUAAAUUAAAUUCAUAAUAUUAUUAUUUAUAUAAAACUUAUCGAAAAUAAACCCAUUUUUAAUAUAUUAUUUAGACUUGUAUGAUAUAAAAUCAUUUUUUAUGAUUACAUUCCUAACCAUAAUGAUAACAAUCCGAAUACGGCCAGCAGUAUAUUGUAUUGUAUAUUGUUAUUUUUACGCGUUUGUACCAUUAUUAUUCUAUCUACUGCUAGAUUUAUCAAGCAAAUCCAUGUAUGUAAUUUAUUAAAUUUUAAAAUAUAGUAUUCUGCAGAAAUUCGAGUAAGAAUUUUUUUUUCAAAUAAUAUAAUUUAACUAUAAUAAUAUAAAUUUAUUUCAAGAAAAUUGUAUAUAUUAAAAAUAUUAUUUUAAAUUCCACGGUUGAAAAACGUUUUUAAUUUUUUUUUUUAAUUUUUUUUCGUAUUUGUUUACUAAUAUAAAAAAAAAUCUAUGGACAUUUACGGGUUUGUCUCGUACAUACUCACAUGCCAUAACACUAUAAUGGUUGGACGUAGUGCAGAGAACACCCAUUCUAAUGGUCGGUUACUAUUUUUUUUUUUAAAUACAAACAGGAUUACAGAAACAAAUCACAGACGCACGUACUAUCUAAAUGGUUUGUACUAAACACCUUAAAAACUGUCGGUAUCGAAUCCCCAUUAUACAUAUUUAGUUCAAAAAUUGUCUACACGAGUUGCCGUCCAAUGUGUAUGUAAAAGAUAUUAAACCGAACAUAAGUAAUGCUUAUCAGUGAUUAAAUAGAUGCUAUUAUUCACUUAAGAAAUAUGUUAAACUUAUAACAUAGACGUCACUAGACUUCAUCCGCAGCGGUAGCAAAGCUAAUGACCGAAGCCAAUUUAUGAACCGAAAAUAUCCCCAUUAAAUAGGGUGAAGGUUAGUCCCCCAAUUAAAUAUUUAUGUAAUUUAAAAAUGUCUAAAUUAUCUAUUUACAAUUAAUUAUGUACAAUAUGUUCAGUAUGUUAAAUUGAACGACAGAAAUAUUAUUCAUUUACAGCCUUGGAUUACACCGCCGUAUAAUUAAGUAGUUAACAAAAUAUAUGAUGUGUUAGUAUAUAGAAUAAUAAAAAUGACUAAUAGAGAAUAAUAUAUUGUUAUAAACAAUGCAUAACAAAUUUUUUUUUUUUUAAUAAAAUUUGUAAGCCACUAGACAUAAAUUCGGUUGACCGGUACCUUUCGAAAAUUACAGGGGUAGACCAUGCUGCCACCGUAGACAUGCCUAUGACUUAUAAGUUAUAAAUCAAACUAAACUGUAACACUUUUUAAGCGAUUCAUUUUUUAUUUAAAAACAGUACCUAUAGGCAAUGUAUAUUGUAGAAUACAUAUUAUUACUGUUCUAAACGUGUGCAUACCCGUGGUAUUUGUAUUAUACCCAUACACGUGUUUAUACCUACUACUUAUAAUUUUAACCUAACUAUUUUUAUACUAAUAAUUACAGUUGUUUCUCAAUGGUCCAAAUAUUAUAAUAACCAGUAUGAAUUUAGUCGAUCCGUUUUUCUUCUUCAGUGGUUUGCUCAUGUACUUGACGGUCUCCCCAAUAUUUUUAAAGAAAGGACCAGUUUGGAUAAAACUUAUAUCACCAAUUAUCUACCGAAUCUUGAGGUAAAAGUUUUAAAACAUUUUUUAAUGUUACUUAUAUAAUAUUGAGUUACAAAACAAACAGUAUUUUAAACGGGUCUUUCAAUAACAAAUAAAAUAAUACAUAUAUGAUCAGUGACUUAUAUAGGAUUGUUCAAUGGGUUGAGGAGCUUAACUGAAAAUAGUUAACUAAAUCAGAAUAUUUUGCCAAAUACGGUUAAAAUGUAAUUAAAUUGUAGCUUGGUAAUUUAUAUUUUAAAAAUACAACUUUCUUUUCCAUAAUAAUCAAAUUAAAUUAUAGUCUUUUGAUAUUUAAAACAAACAACGAUCUUCCUCUUAUAUUUUGAACAACUAGUUUUAUCCAGAUCAAAAUACAAUAAUUAUAAAAUUAUAUAUAAAAAGUCAACAUAAAUCGUACUUGAUUUUGUAUAACUAUAUAAUAUAUAAUAGUUAAUUUUUCAAUGAUAAUUAGUUUAAAAUAUUUAUAUUUUUUAUUUUUGUAUUUAACAUGGCCAAUUGGGAAUGUCGAAGCUCCCUUAGUUAACCCCUAGAUACGCCACUGUAUGUGGCCAUGCAAACAUUUUUCAAUUCAGAUAAAAUUAUUAAUUGACAAUGAUGAAAUUGUUAAAUUGUUUAUUAAUUUCAGAAUUUUGCCAACUUAUUGUAUGAUGAUGGCAAUCGUGUCACACAUUUUACCCCAUUACGGAGACGGGCCGCUGUGGCCUCAAAAAGUUUGGCAUGAAGCCGAGAAAUGUAAAGACUACUGGUGGACAAAUGUGAUAUUCAUAAGUAAUUUUAUCGAUGCCAAGUAUCAAGUAAGUUUUACUAGUUCUAACAAUGAUUACUUUGUUUUUGUAUAUUAUUAAAAAUAAACGUGUCAACGAGAAACUAUAAUAGGCAUGUAUCGGCUGUGUUAAAUUUUACUUUAGUGUCUCCUGAUAAGUUGGUACAUGUCGUGUGAUAUUCAACUUUUCAUAAUCGGCGUUAUUACCGUGUACGUUUACACAACGAAUAGUAAAUACGGUAUUGGGUUAGUCAGUGUAUUACUUGCUGUGUCGUUAUUCGUACCGUUUAUCAUUACGCUUUUGAAUAAAAGUGAUGCAAUACUGCAAGUAUAUAUUCCGUAAGUAUAAUAUUGAUAUUAUAUUAAAAUAGUCAGUUUAUAUAUUUGGUGUUGUUUUUGAAAUUGAAUUUAUCAUCAUAAGUGAUUUCGAAACAAGAUAUGAAUUAACAAAUGUUCAAAUAAAUAUAUUACUAAACAUUAAUAUUAAAUGUAUUAAUUUAUUAAUAAUCAGUAAAACAAAAUUUUAGGUUUUUAGAAAAUGCUCGAAGUUCUAUAACAUUUAAUAAAACAUACAGACCAAGCUAUAUGCGAGCUACUCCUUUUAUUAUUGGCUUGGGAACUGGUUUCAUUAUCCCAAAAUUGAAGGAAAUGAAAUUAAAAUUUUCACAAGUAAUAUAAUAUCAUUUUUAAAUUAUAAAGAGGAUUUUUUAAUCGAAAUUACAAAAUUAACUUUUAAUUACGUACCUAGAUUACUGUAUUUGCUGGAACAAUAAUUGCUUUCAUAAUUUUUUUAUGGAUUCAAUUGUAUGGAGCAAUAUUUUAUCAGAGAGACAGACCUUAUUACCCUAUAGAACAAGCUUUCUACUCAUCUGUCAGUCAUUCUGUAUUUCCAUUUUUGUGUGUGAUCAUUUCUGUUUUUCACUUCACAACCGGUUAUGGUAAAUAGUAUUUUUAUAAUUUAACAUAUACCUUACUCAUAAUAUAUUUGUGAUUCUUCAUAUUUACAAGUAAUAUAUGGUUUAUUAAUUAAGUAUUAAAUAAACUUAAACGAAUGAAAUGUUUGAUAUCGCACUUUUGUUUUACAUUCGUAUUUUUCUUGAAAACGGUAUAUAAGUAUGACAUCUAUAAUUUUUUGCUAUCCUAUAUUAGAUAUUAGUACACUGUUGUGAAAUAAUAAUAGCUUGAAAAAAGGUUUUAUAAUGGUUUAAGAAAUAGAUAGGUAUUUUUUAAAUUAACAGUUAAUUUUGAAAGGAUAUAAAUUGAUACAAAUGAUAUAAAAAGAUUGAAAAUGAGAUUUCAUGAUUUGUCUACUGUAUAAAAAUAACAAAAUAAUUUACACAUUUAUAUUUCUUAUUGCAGGUCUACUAACAAAAGUGUUUGCUAAUAGAUUUGUUGUGUCUUUGGGUCGACUCUCAUAUAGCGUUUUCUUGGUCAACCUUCCAAUAAUGUUGAUUUCUCAGAGUUCACUAAGAUUACCUAAUUAUCUGUCUGCAAAAAAUUUGGUAAUACAAAAAUUAAAAUUUUGUCCAUAUUUGUAUUUUUCUCCAAUCAUAAACAUGUUAUAACUAUCAUUUAAAAUUGUUACAUAUAUUUGAUUUCCAUACAUCGUGUUAAAUAUUAUUAAAUUUAUUACGAGAAUAUAACUUUAUUUCAGUUCAAUGCUGUAGUACAUGAUAUAUUUUAUUGUUAUCUGGCAAGCUUCAUCUUAUAUUUGGUUGUGGAAGCACCAUUUAGAAAUUUAGUAAAAAUAAUGUUUGGACGCAGGUAAAUUAUUGGUUUAAUAAUAAUAUAAUAUUAUGUUAGUUAGUUUAUAAUAUAAAGGUUAAUUAUUUUCCUUAACCAAUUUAAUAUUAAUCGUACAACUUAUUUUAUCAAUCCUCGUGAAUUUACAUCCUUUUAUUACAAUAUAAUUAUAUAAUAUUAUACAAUAUAAUAUAAUUAAACGUGAUUAUUGUUAUUUAUAUUAUUUAUUUAAUAUUAUUACUAACUAUGGAUUUAAAAUAUUUAGGAUAAAGAAAUCCAGCUCGACUACAAAUGCACCAGUUAACAAUACUGUAUAG